AGAAAGGAAGAAAUUAAGAAAAAGUUAAAAGAAAAGAAAAGGAAAGGGAAAUAAAGAGAAAUUAAGAUGGAUGCAAAAUUGGAAUUUCAUGUGGGCAGGGGAGAAGAGCAGAGCAUAAAUAAGACUUAAGAGUAUGCAGCAGAGGGGGGUGAGCAUAUCACUUCAAGAAUUUCGGCAUAUCGAACAUGCCAGACAGAGCCAACAUCGUGGCUCGUCGAACAUGCCAUGCUCCCGUAAACAUGGCUAUGUAUUAGGUCCCACCUACAGGGACACGUGUUUUCAUCUGAUUCUCCAUCCCAGUUGGCCCCUUCUCCUUUUCACUCACUCUUCUUCUUCUUCUUCUUCAUCUUCUUCUCUAUACCAAACCCCCUCACUACCACUUGCUUUGACAUAUUUCUUUCGUACCGCCGUUUCUCUUUCCUGCUUGCUUUGUUGAGAAAACAUGAAGAUCUUCAACUGGGUUCACAAGAGGUUCCAUCAUAGCGUCCUCAAGGAUGACUUAGCUCAAAACGUGGAAAAGACUGAACUUGUUACGAGUGACAAGGACACGCAAGCAUUGCUCAAACAAGUUGCACUUGUUGAUGCGCUUGAUGGUUGGAAGGAUGGCAUUUUGACAAUCGGGACGUUCGGUUUUGAUCCCUUAAAGCCAUUCAACCAACAACCGAAAGAAUAUUUGGUUCUGGAAAGUGAAGAAGAUGAUGAAGAAAGCCGAGAGUACUUGCUUGAUAGUAAUGAUGAAGAUGGAGAAAAUGAUAAUGUGGAGGAUGAAGAAGUAAACCCUUUGAUGUUUACGAGCCUGGGACACAGUUUUGAGGAUGUUGGCCCGAACUUUGAUGCUGAUGUUCUUGAGAAACCUGAUGAUGUGUUACUGACCCUUGAUGGAGUUCCUUUAGCUCCAUAUGUGGGGUCUGAUCAUCAUCAUGGACUUGGUAUGGAACAGGAAAUUUGCGCCGUUGAUCAAAAGAAGAAGAAAGGUGAAAGAACAACGUUGGCUGACUUAUUCUUGGCUGAUGCUGAUGUUAAGAUGAAACUAGAUUCUGGUAAAGUUAUGCCUAAAUCCAAUAAAAAACUUAAUGUUGGAUCAAAAAACGGCCUCUCCUUUGCCAAGAAGUUCAUUCCUCGUGUCAAAGAGGAUUCAAGUCCAAUAAAGAAUCUGCAACGAGUGAGUAAAACUCUGAUGAAGAGGAUGUUGAAAAGGAAGAUUCAUCCUGAAAUUGACGACAAGAUUAACAAAUCUGAUGGCCAGAAGCCUGCAGCAGGGGCAGCAGGGCUCGUGAUCACCAACGGCGAACAAGCAGCUUCUCAUGAAGCAGUUUCUUUGCUUCCAAUUCAAGGUUCCACUUCUGAGGUUUGAGCAAUGGCCAUGCCUGCCUUGUUCCUUAUAUAUAUAUAUAUAUAUAUAUAUAUAUAUGUAUUUAUUAUAUUGCUGUAUAAUUAAUAACUUUGUAUGCGCAGUUUUAAUUAGGUUUUCCAAGUGUAUGGACUGUUUGGCAAGUGUGAUUGUUUUGUAAUUUCUUUUCUUAUAUUAUUUUGUUUUAGUAUAUUGAUGAUGCGAGUUUGGUUGUCACAUAACUCAUAAACUAUAUUUAAUGUUUGGCGUUUUGAUGCA